AAAAAAAAAAUUACAAAAAAGUCAAUAAAAUAUCAUCAAUAUAAAAAAUAAAUGAAUUAUCCAAUAGAUGAUCAUUAUUAAGUAGAAAUAGCAUUAAAAAAAUUAAGAUAAAAGCGACUUUCAGACAAAAAAAAAGAUAUAUUUGAUUCAGCAGAUUAUUUUAUUUAAUUAUAUGGCUAAAAAGAAUAAUAAAAGGCAAAUGAUAUAAAUGAAAAAGAUAUGACAGAAAAAAGCAAUUAAGCAUUAUAAAAUGCAUGUAAUACAAUGUAAGAAAAAUACGGGACAAUUUAGAAUUUUAAAAGGAAAUUAUCUUUAAUAUAAAAAGAAGUAACAAAGAAUGAUAUAUUUUUAUAUGUAUAAAAAAAAAAAAUAAGAAAAAAACCAAAUUCGAUUCUGCAGAUUAUUUUAUGUAAAAAAAAUUCUAAAGUGAUUAUUCUUCAUCAUUCGAUAGCAUAGAAAAUUAAUGAAAAAAAUAAUAAAAAAAAUGAAAUUUAAAAAUCUAUUAUAUAUACAUAUAAUAUAUAUUAUUUAUUUAUUUGUUUUAUUAAAAAAGUUUGA